AUGAUAGGAGAGGCUCGGAGGCUCACAGUGCGAAUCGGCACUGUGAAGUAUUUCCCCGAUCUGUCAUGGAUUCUCUUCAUAACUCUAAGUCCGCCAGAAACCAAACCUGGUUGGUUCGCGUUAAGUUUAUCUCCGUGUGAUCUGCGCAUCAUCAUGUCUGACGUUCGCAUCGAGCUUGGCGAUGUUACACCGCAAAACAUCAAGCAACUCAAAAUGAUUAAUCAAGUUGUUUUCCCAGUCUCAUACAACGACAAAUUCUACCGAGAUGUCCUGGAAGCCGGAGAACUUGCAAAGUUGUCUUAUUAUAACGACAUCAUCGUUGGAGCUGUUUGCUGUCGUGUUGACGUGGUUGAUGGUCAGCGGCGACUUUACAUAAUGACUUUAGGUUGUCUCGCUCCUUACCGACGACAUGGAAUUGGCACGAAGAUGUUGGAACACGUCCUCGCAUUUGUUGAGAAAGACGGGAACUUCGACAGUGUAUUCUUGCACGUUCAAAUAAGCAAUGAAGGGGCAAUUAACUUUUACAAGAAGUUUGGUUUCGAAAUUAUCGAAACGAAAGAUCAUUAUUACAAGAGAAUUGAACCUGCGGAUGCGCACGUACUUGCCAAAUCCGUACGGAAAGGCGUGCCACAGGUUCAAGAGGAAGAGGAGGAAAUCGCGGCGGACGUGGCAGAGGCGCCCGUGGCUCAGGUUCGAGGAUUUGACGAUGUCCACUCGUCAAACGCCGACCAGGAACGGCCACCACCUCAUCUUAAAGGCCGCGAAAUUGGUAUGUGGUAUGCGGCGAGGUCCAAAGCGAAAAAGGAUGCUCCUGCGCAUGAAAACAUAGAGGAAAUGAUGACUGUGAUGCUUCCAAAUGAGACGGAGGAUAGCCUCGAAGAAACUUUGAAGUUCAUCGACAGACCUCAGCAGUCUAACGAAGAAGGCUGGCAAGGAUGUAGGGAUUUGAUGAGUGCAUCAGGAAGUUCGCAUUUCGUCGAUCGCUACAACCACGUGAAGGACAGUAGUUUCAAGAACCAAUUUUUGGAUAACUUGAAGCAGAACAAAUGCGCCGGGGGUGAAGAUAUGACGACGGACGAGGAAGAGCCUAUUAAAAAGCGUUUCAUGGCAGCUGGGCUGUCGAAAAAUCCAGAACUCGACCGGAAAAUAAAAUCUGAGUUCGAUCAGAAGAGAACCUCUGACAGAAAGUACCAGCGAAUGGCCGAGUUUCGCUCUCGGUUGCCCUCACAUGAUAUGCAGGAACAAAUUUUGGGAAUGAUUGAAAAGCACCAAGUGGUCGUGCUGAGUGGAGAGACCGGUUGUGGAAAAACCACGCAGGUUCCGCAAUACAUUUUGGAUCAUUACAUCGAGAGUGAGCGAGCUAGUGAGUGCAGGAUAAUCUGUACUCAGCCUCGACGAAUCUCCGCCAUCUCAGUUGCUGAACGUGUUGCACAGGAACGUGGUGAAUCUUGUGGGCGCUCGUCGGGUUUCCAGAUACGAUUACAGGCGACACUUCCGAAAUCGACCGGAUCGAUUCUGUAUUGCACUACUGGAAUCCUUGUGACGAAGAUGCAAAGUGAUCCUCUUCUCAAAGAAUAUUCUCACAUCGUGUUGGACGAAAUACAUGAACGUGACGUUCUCUCUGAUUUUCUCUUGGCACUCACCAAAGACGUCCUGGCAAACCGGCCGAACCUAAGAGUGGUUCUCAUGUCAGCAACCCUGAAUGCUGAAUUGUUCAGCGAAUACUUCGGGAAAUGUCCCGUUCUGCACAUUCCGGGACUCACCUUUCCAGUCGAGGAAUUUUAUCUCGAAGAUAUCAUCAAACUAACCGGACUACAGAUAACGCCUGAUCAAGGACGUAGAGGGGGGUUUCGACCAAAACGACCCCAGCAAAAAGAGCUCUUGGAAUAUAAAACUCGGGUCCUCCCAGUCUUGAAGGAAAUUUUGAAACGAGAGCGGUAUCCCGCGUGCGUUAUGCGUGCCCUGGAAUCUCCUGCUUGUGAAACUCAGGACGCUCUUCUAGAGGCAGCUGUUGAAACUAUCAAGUUCAUUUGUGAAAAUGAAGGAGAUGGGGCUAUUUUGGUAUUCUUUCCGGGCUGGGAAGAAAUCUCAAAGCUUAGUAAACUGCUCAAUGCGGAUCGUUUCUUCGGAAGAGGUGUUCGGAAGAUCAUAAUCGCAACAAACAUUGCCGAAACUAGUAUCACGAUCGACGAUGUGGUUUUUGUGAUCAACUCGGGGAAAAUAAAAAUGACCACGUUUGACCCUCAAUUGAAUAUUCAGGCUCUUGAUGCUGUCUGGGUGAGCAGAGCCAACGCUCGACAACGGAAAGGAAGGGCUGGCAGGGUACAACCUGGAAAGUGUUUCCACCUCUACUCACGGGCUCGAGAGACAACUUUCUCUGACUUCUUGUUGCCGGAAAUCAAAAGAAUGAGGCUGGAAGAAUUGUGUCUGCAAAUUAAAUUGCUGAAGCUGGGGAAAAUAGCGGAUUUCCUGUCCAAAGUGAUAGAACCACCGACGAAAAACUCUCUCGAACUCUCCAUCAAGCUUCUAAGAGAUCUGAAUGCCUUGGACAAGGACGAAAACUUGACGCCGCUGGGAUUUCAUCUCGCGAAACUUCCGACCGAUCCGCAAACUGGAAAAAUGCUGUUGAUGGGUGCAAUCUUCUCAUGUUUAGAUCCCGUUACCACAAUCGCCGCUGUGUUGGCAUUCAAAGACCCCUUCCACGGGAAAGAAAGGGAAGUGAUGCAGUGCAAAAUGGAAUUCUCGGCGGGCCUUUGUAGCGAUCACAUCAUGUUCGCGAAAGCUUUCGAAGCCUGGGAGGAAGCAUCGAAGGAAGGACACAUUGCUGACAGAAUGUUCUGCAGGGAGAACUUCAUGAGUGGAAACACUUUGUCUAUGAUCAGAGACAUGAAAAAACAGUUGGCGGGAUAUCUGAAGGAAAUGGGCUUUCUGGCAGAUGGGAAUCCAAAGCAUGCUGCUUCGAACAAAAAUUCGGGCAAGAUGGGACUUGUCAGGGCGGUUGUUUGUGCCGGGCUGUAUCCAAAUAUUGCGCACGUUAGACUGAGGAGGAAUCGAAAUGCGCCUGUUGCAAUGCGGACUCCCGAGGACAAUCAAACAGUCCAUUUUCACUCCAAAAGUGUACUUGUUGAUGAGAAGGACUAUCCCUCCCCGUGGAUUGUGUACAAGAUGAAGCAGAGGACUGCUAGAGUUAGUCUCUUCGACGCAUCCGUCGCGAGCCCGUGUUCGUUGCUUUUCUUUGGGAAAGAAGUGAAAUCCAAACCCGUUCCAAAAAUGGGAAAUAUCCGGAGUCCGAAAAAUCACCAGGUUCUGAGUGCUGACGAGUACGUGAAGUUCAAGAGUUCGGAGAGAAUUGCACAUUUUAUUCAGCGGCUGCGACUUUGUCUGGAUGAUCUCUUAGAUUAUAAAAUUACUCACCCUGGACCUUCCCGGUGGGAACUGGCAACUAAGGAGAAGUCGGCAACUAAAGAGGAAAAGUUAUUGAGAGCGAUCGUUGAGCUUCUAACAGCAGAAGCAGAAAUAUCCGGAUUGGGGUAUGCAGACGAUGAUGAUGAGGAUGAACCCGAGGACACCUUUAAUUAUGAUGAAGAUUUUGAUCGUCGUUUUGGUGAAAAAGGGCGUUCGGAUUCAGCAUUUGAUACUUCUGGCAGGAUGCGUCCCGGCCGGGGAAGUAGAUUUUAAUAACUUUUUUGAUUAGGGUGGACGUGGAAUAAAUUAUCAUUCGAAAUUAA